UAAGAUCUGAUCUUGUAAGAUCGAUGGCUAAUAACAAGAGCUUGUCAUACCUUGUGGCAUGGUGGCUUGUCAUAAUGUUUUUGGUUGCGCCAAGUAUAUCAUCCAUGGAAGAAACAGUGAAACUGCGAGUAGGGGUGCCCAAGAAAGAAGGCUUCCCGGAAUUUGUGAACGUAAUAUGGGACGAAGAUGAACACAAGUACAAUGUCAGUGGAUAUUGCAUGGAUGUUUUCAAUGCCGUAUUAACCUUCUUACCUUUCAAAGUUUCACUACAAAUUGAAGCUUACGACGUUAAUGAAUCAGGACAGAGCAGCACUGGAACAUACGAUGCACUUGUACAACAAAUCCCCCAAAAGUAUGAUGUUGUGGUAGGGGAUAUCACAAUACUAGCGAAUCGUUCGAAGUUUGUUGAUUUCACGUUGCCAUAUACAGAAUCAGGAGUUCAAAUGGUUGUAGCAGCUCGGCAGGGAAGGGAGCAAAGCAUGUGGACUUUUGUGAAACCCUUCAGCUGGGAUCUUUGGUUAAGCAUAGUUGUCAUCUCUAUGUUCAUAGGUUCUGUCAUACUCAUCAUGGAAAGGAACAAGCAGGUAGCCAAUUCGCAACAACUAAGCCCAAUCUACUUCUUAUGGUUUCCAAUUUCUCAAGCCGUUCUUCCUGAAAGAGAGGGAGUAGUGAAGAAGUGCUCGAGGUUUGUGUUGAUGGUGUGGCUUCUGUUGGCGUUUGUGCUGAUGCAAAGCUACACGGCGAGCUUGACGACCAUGAUGACGGUGGAGCAGCUUCAACCGAGUUUUCUGAACGUGGAUGAUCUACGCACAGGGGAUUACUAUGUUGGAUACCAAACUGGAUCAUUCGUUUAUGAUCUCUUGCUACACAAGUGGAAAUUCAACCCUUCCAAGCUCAGGGCUUAUGGCAGCGUUUCUCAAUAUCACCAAGCUUUGAAGAUUGGAAGCCGUGGCGGUGGCGUUUCCGCUAUAGUCGAUGAACUUCCCUACCUUAAACUCUUCCUUCAAAAAUAUGGAUCUAAUUACAUGAUCGCUGGUCCAACCUAUCGAACUGCUGGCUUUGGUUUUGCAUUUGCAAGAAACUCUAAUCUUACAGCUGCGUUUUCAAGAGGGAUUCUGGAAGUGACUGAGAGUGACGAAAUGGAUAAGAUCGAGGCAAAAUAUUUUGGCAAGAUUAUGAAUAAUGGAUGGCAAGACCAAGCUGAUGCUUCAACAACAACGUCCUCGUCGUCUUCUCCGAGCAGUCUCACGUUUUAUAGCUUUUCAGGGCUGUUCCUCGUAACAGGAAGUGCAACUUUGUUGGCAUUAUUUGUCUCCGAGACAGUGAUUUGGCGAACACCAAUUUCCAUGGCCAAAGCAUAUAGUCGCAAAUAUUUGUUCCGCACUACUAGUUCUACUUCUACGCAAACUCAUCCAACAACCGAUGAUGAUUCUUCAUCACAUACAACGGAAUCCGUUUAACAUUGCUGCAUGCCUUCCAUCACUCCUUAGUUAAUUGCAAAAUUAAGUCUAGUUAGAUGACCAACCAUUUUUGUAAAAUAUAAUCUUUUAUUUAUUUACAUUUUGUUUUCAA